ACUCGGCGGCUGGAAAGUCUUCACUCCAUCCAUCAACUUUAUGCCGGUGUACAAAAUGUCAACCGAUUUAUGGCGCCUUGUCUGAUAGCCAGCUUAACCGACUGUCAUGCGGCAGCUGCAGAUCGUGACUGUAACAAGGUACCAAUGCUUGUGCUCUGGAACAUAAACGAGCGGCGAUGAAACUCGCAAACGAGCUCCGAGAUCACGUCACGCCGAGGGCGCCCGACGCGGGCCACAAUUCACGAGAGCAGUGACCGACGAGCUGCAACCGAGCUCUCGACGUCGACAGCAGUAGCCCCGCGCACUUUUCAGCAGAUCGUGCGAGCGGACGGAAGGUGACGAAGGCGAUGACGGCUGCUGACUUUAGGAACACCCGGAGCGAAGGCGAUUGGCGUGCUGGCCAUGUGGAGACAUGCGCGCACUUCUGACACGAUCUGGAAUCCUCAGCAGCUGGCGCUCGGGCCGUGUGCCCCGCGCAUCAAUUCUCGGGCUCUCGCUUCCGGCCUUCAUUCACGCUGUGUCCGGACGAGCACCGCGAGGUGCGAUCGAAGAAUUUCCUGCUGGAGACCUGGUCGCGUUUCUCCUCGACUGGGGUUGUGCCGGGACCUCGAUUCGCGGAUGGGAUCUCCCGCGGACGAUUCUGGGAUCUGGAAGUAGCCGUGGUAAUGCUGAUCGGCCCGGAGAAAAGACCUCUGCGUCCAAGCACCAUCUGCCAUAUUUCGGGCGCUUGAAUAAUUGUACCAUUACUUACACCUCGAGCUCCUUUGAGCUCUCACACUUUUCGUCUCUCACCCUCCCUCCGUCCACCGUCAAGCUAUCCCAUGUCGAGAGGAGAUGGGGGAUCGUCUGAUAGACGAAAAUAAAUCUCUUCGCGUAGAGGAAGGACGAGUUUGAAAUUUGGUUCCGACACCGUCCGCAUUUCAGCACUAGUCAUUCAUAUCUCGAGUUUUCGACUUUGUUUCCAUCCCGUUGCCAUCCCAUCUCUGCGUCUCAUCCUCGCGAUGCAGAGUAUCCAAGUUCUAAGGCUUGCUGUCGUCUUAUUAGUAUGUUCGAGCUUUGUAAUCAGAUGUUCGGAAGCGGCUUAUACGCUAUCGUUCACACACAUGCUCUCAGAGAAAGCUAAAGAAGAUCAUAAUGCCCAGGAGAAGGGAGCUUGGCCGUUCCCUGACCCGGACACCGUCGAGUAUCAGCAUCUUCUUCGGCAGUACGAUGCCGUGCGCCAUAGGAGAAUGCUUGCCGGCACCCCUUCAACUUAUACCUUUGUCGAGGGCAACGUUUCCAUAUCAUUCAUCGGAGGAUUCUACUACUCGACGAUAAGUGUGGGUACACCGGCGGUGCCGUUCUUGGUCGCCCUGGAUACGGGAAGUGACCUCUUCUGGCUCCCUUGCGAGUGUCAGUCCUGUGCGCCGGCUACUGCCCCGAUCUACGAGGACUACGGUGUCAGUAAGGCCUUGAAGGUUUACAGUCCAAAAGCUUCGAACACCAGUACAGCAAUAUCCUGCGGCAGCAGUGACUGCCCUGCAAUAAUCAGUCAAUGCCAGGCCGCCGCUGGGGAACAAUGCCUGUACGAACAGAAUUAUGCAGCCGUCAACACAUCCACCAGCGGGAGAUUGGUGCAGGACGUACUUCAUCUCAUUCCAGAUAUGGGGGCCCCAACCGCGACGCAAGUGCCCGUAAUUGUGGGAUGUGGCCAGACGCAAACCGGGAUAUUGGUCGAUGGCUUCGGGCCCCCGGAUGGCCUCAUUGGAUUGGGAUUGGAGAACUACUCUGUUCCGACUACCUUGGCCAGGUCGGGGCUCGUGAAGGACUCCUUCUCGAUGUGCUUCGGGGCGGACUUUGCAGGACGAGUAGUGUUCGGAGACAUCGGAUCCACGGCGCAACAGUCCACGCCGUUUGCACCAGCGCAGCCCGGAGCGUACAACACGUACUAUGUUGGUGUGGAAACGAUUAUUGUCGGGGGCGAUACCAUCACUGUCGGAAUGUCCGCAUGGUUUGACACCGGUACCCAGUUUUCGUACUUGGAGUCCGCAACUUACAAGCUUUUCGUAGCUUCGUUUGACAAGCAGAUUGCUGGUUAUACGCGUACCACGGAACCCCAGCUGUUCGAAUAUUGCUACCUAACGAGAGACGACAUUGUCAAUGCUCCUACCAUCGAUUAUGUCCUAUCUGGAAAUGCUACGUUUCCUAUCGGAUACCCGCUUAUCUCCCUCUUCUUCCAAAACGGAACGCGUGGUGGAUUCUGCCUCGCCAUAAUCGAGUCCAAUAUUAACCUCAUCGGAGUGAACUUCAUGGUGGGCAUGAACCUGGUAUUCAACCGAGAGCAGCGGACUCUGGGCUUUGAGGAAACAGACUGCCUUUCGCUCAUGUCGAACAGUGGGCCCGCUCCAGCUCCCAACGCCGGUGGACCGAGCCCGAGCCCCGGCCCAAAAGCCUCAGCAUCCUCCCCUACCACAAGGCCUCCCAAUUCGUCUACCACCACCCCCGGUCCUGCUGCAGCUCCAGCGCCAUCGCAAGCAUCUCACGCUGCUGCCUUCUCCCUGGCAACUCUUCUUUUAUUAGGACUUGUACAUGUACUGCUUUAGUUAUUAUCAUGUGAUUGUUGCACUCUUAACUUCAUAUCCACCCUGUAGACUUACCAUUCUUUUAUCCUGAAGAUCUGGAGCCUGAAGAGGUAGAUCACUGUUAGAUAUCACAUCGACACAGCUUUAAUCCUGUAUCAUCACUUUUCGGCACAUUCUUCGUGGUAGUUUCUGCUAACCACCGAACAGGUCCUUUUUUUAACACAUAGAGAAGAUUAUGAACACGCCUUUCUCACUGAAUGGGAGCGUGGAGCAAGCCAUUUUGUGAAUCACAAAGUGUAACGAAAGAUCCGAAAGACAGGUGGGAAGAACAUGUCUCCCUCAUAAUAUCAUGACAAUUCUUACAGAUAUCUUAUGAAGUAAAACAAGUGUUAUAUAGUACCGAG